UUUGUAAUGGGUUGCUACUUAGCUAGCUAGUUCGAAAAAUGUGCCGCUUUAAUGUCUACCGUUCGGUAGUCAUGAGAAUUUCUGUAUGUUUUUGUUGAUAACACGGUAAUGUAUAAUUCUGUAGGAAUAUCUGUUUACAGCGAUCGUUCUGUUUUGUUCUGAGCAUGGGAUACUUGGCUGUGUUUCCUGUCAUGGAUAGAAAGAGAGCACUUUGCCAUGGCUCGACUGGCAAGCUGAUUAAUCAACGCAUUAUUGAAGAUCACAUGAUCUCUCAUUACAAAAAGCUGUACUCAGCAAAAGCUGCAGUGGACUGUUCAGUACCCAAAAGUAUGCGUUGUAAUGUAAAAUAUAUUGACCAAAAGCGCAGUGAACAGAUAAAAAAAGAUCCCUCUGGGAGGACACAAUCAGCAAGGUCCCUUUCACAGAAGAGUCUUAGGUUGGAUAAUAUUACCUCUUGCUCAACCAGACAUGCGAGACCUUCUGCCCGAGGUGCUGAGAGUACCUAUUUUAACUCAGAAGGCUCUGUCAUGUCUUCCCCCAGGUUUAGUACUUCAUUCCAUUGUAAGCAAAUUGUAUAUCCUUCCCAAAUGGGCACACAGUCUCAGAACUGUCGGCCAUCUUCAGACUUGAGUUACAGAAGCCCAAAAUCUCAAAUGCAACACUUUACUCUUUCAUGUGGCACAUCUUCAUGUCAGGAGAAGUUUAAAAAUUUUCAGGACCCUACACAGAAAACCUACAGUGGUGACAUUCUUCAUAAACAUGCCCACCACUUCACAGAAGAAAAGCCUUUUACCCCAAGAACUCUGAAAACAGAUUCCAAGUCCACUCUGUCAACCUAUCGUUAUUACACUCCUGCAAGUAAAAAAAGAGCUGAAGAAAAGACACAGUCAAAAUAUAAUCAACCAGACGAUCACCACAGAAGCAGCAAGCAAAGAUCUGCAACAGCACAGGGUUCGCCUGAGCCAUGCAGUGUAUACCAUGAGUGUUCUGAUGAAGAGCCAAAUAUAUUUGGACAUUAUGGCAGUGAAAAUAAAUUCACAACCAGAGAUUUUUUUCUUAGCUCCUCAAGGGUAUCACCAGAUGGAAUGCGCUCCCCAAUUAUGAGAAAAGUAACAGCAGAAGAGGAAGAAUUAAUGUACCUGGAGUUUAUGACUGAUGUCACAAAUGAGAUCAUACUUCGGGGCAUCUAUUCUGACAGAGUACUGCAACGCGUGUUUGAGCGUCACAUUGACAUAAAUAAACAUCGGUUAGCUGAACACAAAAUGCGCCACCUACUGGAAGCAUUGCAGAAUGAUUUGCAAAAGCCCCCUUUUUCUUCUGUCACUGUUCUUGAGAACAAGGAAAGUUCAUUAUUACAUAGACACAAGGACUCAAUUCUUCAGCAAAAGUUUACACCUGUUAGGGAUAAGGACAAAUGGGAACCUGAUGAUGUCAUUCCUACAUUAGAUACCACACCUGUAAAUUACAGCAUUUCAGAGAACACAAAAUCAGUUAGACAAGAAGAUAAAAAGGACCUAAUGGACCUGGAGCAAGAUCAUAAAGCAGGACAUGCAAUAUCUUUUGAUUUAGAAAACCAUCAGCUCAACGAAGAAGACAGUCAUCAGAUCUGUGCUGAUAAUGUACUUGAUGAACUUGGCAGAAACAUGGCCGAGUCCCUAAAUGUGUCCGACAUUCACAGCUUAGAAGAGGUCACUGAACAAGAGUCAUUUGUGAAACUUAGUGAUGAUGAGUUUUGACAUAUUGUAUAUCUAUUCAGUUUAAGUAUUCAGUUUACUUUUCCAAUUCAAGUAUU